CGGGAGAGUCCAGAGCAGAGGCGCGCUGGAUGGCAGGGGCAAUCUGGAGCUCCCGGGUGUCAGACGGGAUUAUCCAGCCAGGCUGAUUCCACAGAGCCACGAUGGGGGAAAGGUUGCUCCUCUGUGGAAUUCUCUUUUUCCUGUUGCUUAAUGUUGUCUGUCAGGCCCAGGAUCUUCCACUGAGCCAGGCAACCCCAGGGACGAGCUCCUUAUGUGAAAAAGAUGGUGGGUCCUGGGGAGCUGUAUUCAGUGAAGAACGCCUGGAUGCCUGGAUCUGUUCUCUGAUUGGUUCUCUUAUGGUUGGGUUGAGUGGGGUUCUUCCUCUACUGUUCGUUCCUUUCGAGGUGGGAGCAGCAUUGAAAUCAGAAGAGGGAUCGCAUCGAAUGAAGCAGCUGCUGAGCUUUGCUGUCGGUGGACUUCUGGGUAAUGUGUUUCUCCACCUCCUUCCGGAAGCCUGGUCCUACACUUGUAGUGCUGCUGCAGGAGAAGGGCAGAGCUUCCAACAGCAGAAGCUUCUGGGGCUCUGGGUGAUCAUUGGCUUACUGACCUUCCUGAGUGUGCAGAAGAUGUUCCCAGAUAGUGAAAAACAAGGAAGCACCAACUUGAUCAAUAAUUGCAAACCAGUUACUGAAAGGACCCUGAAUGGCGGCAGUUUAUCUAUGCAAGAUGUAAACACUCCAGUCCAAAGAAAGAAGUCCAGCCCUGCUCAUUGUAAUGGGUCUUCUCAUUUACUCUCAUCAUCAACUCAGAAAAUCAAGAUGAGUGGAUAUCUCAAUCUCUUGGCUAAUACAAUAGAUAAUUUCACACAUGGCUUGGCAGUGGCAGCUAGCUUCCUGGUUAGCAGAAAGGUUGGACUCCUUACAACCCUGGCAAUUCUUCUACAUGAAAUACCCCACGAGGUGGGUGAUUUUGUCAUUCUCCUCCGGGCUGGAUUUGAUCGCUGGAGUGCAGCCAAGCUACAACUCUCUACAGCCCUUGGGGGCAUCCUGGGUGCUUGCUUUGCCAUCUGUACUCAGUCACCAAAAGGGACAGGGGAAACCAUCGCUUGGAUUCUCCCUUUCACCUCUGGAGGAUUCCUGUACAUUGCUUUGGUAAAUGUGGUGCCUGAUCUCUUAGAAGAGAAGAAUGUUUGGAACUCCGUGCAACAAGUCCUCUGCCUUUGCGCCGGCAUCGUUGUCAUGGUGCUUUUCUCCUUCACUACCGAAUGAGGGGCUCCGGCUUCUUUUCUGCUGUUUCACAAAGCUGCCUCCCUCUGAAGUGUUACAAAGGAGUCAGGGACACCCAGGAAUCUUUCUUCCUCGUGUGCCUGCGGAUCUGACUGCUGCUCAGGGAUGGUGAACAAAGGAAGCGCCUUUUCUUCUUUUUCUUCUUAAACGGCACAAAGCUAGACAUCCAAAAAUUUUGAGAAAAGAUGAGAGGUUUUUUUUUUUUUUAGAAGUGUCAGAGUCUCUUUUUUAAAUAAUAAUAAUAAUUUAAAGGAAAAAAAAAACAGCAGUUGAAGGGAAGGGCCUCUUUUAGUGGGACUGAUGGUGGUGUGCCUGUUGGACCAGUCUCUGUGCUGGGAUCGCUUGGACAAAACUCCAGAGUGAAACAGAAAGCAAGAUUGCAGCCCUGCAUUGCAUGCAGGCAAUAUAUAUAUAUAUGUAUGUAUUUUUUUUUCUCUCCUGGGCUCAAGUACCUCACCAGCAGCAAAAUACUUGGUUGUUAUUUGACAUAUGUUGGAAUCUCCCCAUUUAGCUCAGUAUAUCUGGACUGGCAGAUACUUCAUUGUUUCAGCUAGAGAGCUUUUCCAGUUCUUUCCUCUCUGAAAUCCUUUUAAAAAUGGAGACAGGAGGGACUGAAGCGUGUUUCCUGCUACUUUGAGGUCGUCCCUUCCUAUAAAAGCGUCUUUGCACUUUUUCUGAGAUAGACAAUCUCAUUCCCUCUACCCGUAUGGAAUUCCAGCUUCCAUUUAUCCCAGCCAGUAUGGCCAUUAGCAAGGGACUUGGUUUGGCGAUCCAAAACAUCUGAAGGGGUAUCCAGGUUUCCUAACCUGGUUCUAGAAUUGAUGAUUUCUUACUUCUAAAGGUGGGUAACUGAAAAUCUGACUGGAUUCAGCUGAGCCUUUCUUAGGCUUCUUCAACACAUUUUUAUUAUGAAAUCAGGAAUUACAUUGGAAAUGCCUACACGGAUUAUUUAAUAAUCCUAUUUCUAGCUAUCACUUUUUCUCACAACUAGAACAUCAACAGUAACUGGGAACGUUGGAACUCAACUCCAAAAACCUCUCAGGCCCCACAACUAGAAGAUAUAACCUAAGAAGGCCAACAAUAUCCUUCUUCCAAAUGUAGCACUCCGUGAAAAAGGUUUUAAUUUAUUCUGGCCGUUAGGUAGCUUAAAAGCAGCAGGAUUAGUCUUGUUCUACAGCUUUUUGGCUGCAGCUUCCUUUUUGACUCAUGUGGUAACUAUUUAAAAGGUAAGACAAACCUACAUUCUCCUACCGUGGAUAAGAAAGUACUUGAUAAGAAACACACAUGGGCAGCAUAGAGAGAAAUGCAAUAGUUGUAGCAGCCUUAAAUAUACAUAGAUAACAGCUCUAUUUUCUUUCCUUUGUUGUUACUGUGGUGGCUCGCUGAAAGAUGUUCACCUAUUUUGAUCAAUUCCUCCAUAAAGCAACACUAGAUGCAGGUAAUCUGUUUUAUUGACUCUCAUAAUGAAACACCCUCUCUUUAUGAAUCUGUCUGUCUGAAGAGUUGGUCUCUUCCAAAGUUGCUUUCAGUUGUUCCCAGUACAGAGUGCCAAAAGGGCACCUUUCCCUACUCAUCCCUUGUGUGUUUUAUUCCUUUUUUAUGCACCCUAGCUAAUAUUUUCCAAGAAUACUUGUUGCCCUUUACAUUCCGACCAGCAUUAUUAAGAGCCUCUAGUAGUGCACUCCCGGAAUGAGAGAGUACAUAGAAGAUCAUGCUAUUGGAAUCAGGGUUAAGUCUGGUGUAGGCUGCAAGCUGCAGCAGGAAUUUUCUGCUCACUGUUUAGGAAUGCAAAGUGGGUGACAUUGACUCAUUAAUCUCUGAGCUGUUAUUGUUGGCUUGCAGCCCAGGCUGCCUGGAGUGAAUUUGCAGAUACUGGGGAGCAUUGCGUGAAGUGGCCAUGCAGAGUCCAAAGGAAGAAGUUUCUACUGGAUUUGGAACUGGCUCACAAUGCUACAGACAAGCACGAUGGUUAAUAUUUCUGCAAUACUUAUCACUUUGGGCAUUAUUUAAUACUAGCUUUUGUGCAUUCACCUUCUUCGGUUUCACAUGGAGGCAAUAAGAGAUUAAAUUUUAAAAAUCUGAA